AUGGCUUUCGAUAGAGUGGCCCGGUUCUACCGGUCUUGUCUGUUCCAGAUCAUCAUCGUUGGACUUGUCGCGUUUUGCGAGCCCGGCAUUUGGACGGCACUGAACAAUCUGGGAGCAGGAGGAAACGCAAGCCCUUUCCUAAAUAAUGCCGCCAAUGCCCUAACCUACGGCCUCAUGUCGGUCGGGUGCUUUCUCGCCGGAGGCGUCACGAACAAGAUCACCGCAAAGUGGACCUUGUUCAUCGGUGCCGCCUUCUACACGCCCUACGCCGCCGGUCUAUACUGCAACAAUCGAUACGGGAACGAGUGGUUUCGGCUGCUCGGAGCUGCCCUCUGUGGAGUUGGCGCGUCUCUGCUCUGGGCCAGUGAGGCUGCCAUUGCCGUCGGAUAUCCGGAGGAGGACAAAAGGGGACGGUACGUCGCUGUCUGGAUGGGCAUUCGGCAGAUGGGACCGCUUGUUGGUGGUGCGAUAUCGCUUGCCCUCAAUGUCAAUACAGCGCAUGUUGGGAAGGUCACCUACACCACGUACCUGGGCUUGGUGGCUAUCUCUUCACUUGGUGCUCCGUUUGCGCUGUUCCUGUCCCAACCGCAAGAUGUCGUCCGAAGCAAUGGCACCAAGAUCCCGUACAUGAAGAAGACGAGUUUGUCUAUUGAGGCGCGGGCUAUCUGGAAACAGCUUCGGAAUAAGUACAUGCUUCUGCUUAUUCCGGUCUUUCUUGCUGGACAGUUUGGCUCCACGUAUCAAGGAAACUACCUCACUUCAUACUUUACCGUCCGAUCAAGAGCUCUUGCAUCCUUCCUGACCGCCGUCGUCGGUGCAGCAGCAAACCUCAUCACCGGCACCGUUCUGGAUCUGAAAUACUUCUCCCGGGAGACUCGCUCCAAGGCAGUCUACAUAUUCGUCCUGAUCUUCGUCACCGCAUCCUGGACAUGGAACGCAAUCGUACAAACCAGGCUCUCGCGUAUGGCUGAGCCACCGGCAUUUGACUUGGGCGAUGGCCCCUUCUUCAACUCGGCCUUUACCGUCUACAUGUUCUUCCGGUUCUUCUACGAGGUACUGCAGACGUACAUCUAUUGGCUGAUGGCGGAAAUCAAGGGCGCUCAAGCGGAUGGCGAUGUCGCGAGGACAACUGGUAUCCUGAGGUCGUGGGAGUCCAUCGGCAGUACCAUUGCGUAUGCUGUAGGAGCGACCCACUGGCCCAAUCUGAACCAGAUGAUCUUGGGCUUUGCCUUAUGGGGCUUCACCAUCCCUUUUACCCUGAUGGCUGUCUUCGGAAACUGGAACCAGGCUGGGACGGUCGAGGUGCAAGCCCAAAGCAGCAGCGAGGACCUCGAGACGCAGAGGGUUACCGUGAAUCCUGACCGAAAGGAUUAG